CCCUGGGCUAUUUCGCUCCUCUGCUCGUUCCACCACGUCCAGCUCUUUUUCAUCCUCGUGGUCAACGUGCAUCCCGACGUUGUACCCGCGUCGCCACCGGGCAGUCGCGCCAGUCGUUGCAUCGAUCACUUGUAACACACCGCUGGAGUAGAGGCUCUUUUUCUUCAGCCAUGCUGCCAAAAGUAGCAAGCCAGAUUCUCCAUCACACUUCCCGUGCGGUCGCGGUCAUCCAGAAUCAGACUGGUUCUACUAUCCGCACUGUUCUUCACACCUCCGGUCAAUCCUCCAGUAACCUCGGUGGCAGGUCCGGCUCAGGUUCAUCUAAUUCUGGGUGGGGCGGUACCGCAGAGCCUGGUGGUCCAAAAACUCAUUCUGGCAGUCGUUUUCAUCCCGAGUUCUGCCCGCAUCGUUGCUCAUGCCGAUCCGUCAGCCAGUCAUGUCGACAGCUUUGACUACUCCGAUGAUUACCUCGAUACACCCACCCCCCUCACUUCACGUCUUGGUGCUCAUACCCGUCAAAGGCUCAGGACUACCACCCUUGCCCAAGUUGUCCAGAAUGAGAACGGUGCACCUAGUGUGCUCAAAACACUGAAGCACCAUGUACGGGAAAAGCAUGCCUUCGCUGCCGCUACACUCCCUUCCUCCCACACGGAGCAUUCUCCAGCGGACGUUGCUCCUCCGCCACUGGUCAUUUUGUCUGCAGAUUCUGCUACUCCGGCUGUCUCAUCCAUUGAAGAGCCUCUCGAACCUGAGCGUGCUUCCUCCCCCACUUCUGAUCUCAUAACAUCCUUAACUGACGCUAGGGCACGCAAUGAUCCUAAAGCAAUACACUCUAUCGUAAAAUCUCUUCGUGAGUCCGGCUCGUUGAAAAUAGGUCACUACAACCAGAUCCUUGAGGCUUUGCGUCAAGUGCGUUCCCCCGGAGAUUCAUUGCGCGCUAUUCUCGAGACGUACAAUGAAAUGCUGGAACGCUCUAUCCUUCCCAACUCGUGGACAUAUGGCACCUUGAUACUCGCUUUCACUGAUCGUGACGCUGAAGUAACGAAGAAGAUCACUUACUUCGAGCGCAGGGUCAACAGACGGAAGGCAUGGGGUUUAGACGAAGAGGAAAUCUCGGCAGCGGAUGAAGCACGGAUAUCCCAGUUGCGUUCGGAAAAUAACUUUGGUUCUGCUCUCAAACUUUUCCAGGCUGCUUCGUUGCUUUCAUCCACCGCUCUACAUCCAGCAACAUACACUGCGUUGCUGCGCGCAUGCGCUUACCACGCUAACGUUGAUGCGGCUAUCCACAUUUUUGCCCACCUCGAGAAGCGUCCAGACAUUCAGCCCAGUGCUCUGCCGUACACUUACCUCAUUAAUGCAUAUGCCAGAGCAGGCGACCUUCAGGGUGCAGAGGAGGUGUUUGAGGAAUUUAAGAAGGCUUCGGCACUUGGCAAGAUCGCCUGGGAGUCCCGAGACACAAGUGAGGAAGGGUUUUCUCCUUCAGGCCGGUCUGCCCAAAUUGGAGUAUGGAACUACAUGAUUGAUGCCUACUUCCGCUGUGGACAGCCUGACAAAGGUCUUAGUUUGCUGGAACAGAUGAUGGACGCACCGGCUGGACUCGCAUUUACACCGGCUGAUGUCCCGCUUCCUUCUUCCACAACGUUUAGCACUAUCAUCGAGGGCUUCUGUCGCGCUGGGGACACGGAGAGUGCACUUUCUUGGUUCCGGAGACUCCUUAAAGAGGGGAAAGAUGUCACGGACGUUGUCGCUCCAUCGAUUGUUCCUCCUAAGCCUAAUAGACAAGCUUGGGCGGCAAUCCUAGUACAUUUGGCCACGCAGGAUAACCGAAUCCAGGAUUUGAAUCAACUCUGGAGUAUUGCCGCAAGGGAGUACCCACGAGUACUACGUGGGUCGUACCAUGCCCUCGUCUUACAAGGGAAUCUUCGUUUUCUGGAAUCACAUCCUGAUGUGGACAGCAAGCAGGGUCUCGCCAUGCUAGAUUUCCUUCUUGAAGAUGUCCUCUCGUACAACUUGUCUAGUGAGCUGGUUCAUAUCGAAUUCGGCGGUGCUGACGCCCUGGUCGCAACCUUGGUGAAACUAUACUUCCGGUUUGGUGGUUUGGAUAGUGCUUUAGCGUUCGCUCGGAAGACAGCAUCUCACACCAAGCGGUCGAACUACAACAAGGAAGAACAAGUCGAGGCGUUGGUGUCGAUCCUCAUCGACCACCUACGUGCCCUUCCUGUCUCCGGUUGGUCGUUUGCUCAGGCACUUAGUCUAGCACGAGUAGCCGCUUAUGCAGGGAAGAGAAUCGAUCCGCCGUUGCUGCUUGAUGCCUACGUGCAGGCUAGGGAUGCCGAUUCCUUACCUGAGCUCAAAAAGAAGGAUUGGGAGGUUCUAUUGGACACCAGCCUCGACGCAGCCUCGAACAAAACUGGAGAAUACACCUCUUCGUCGAUCGCGGAUUCGCUUCUGACCAGCUUGGGUUCUGCGGGCAUUGACAUGAGAUCGUUUCGACCUAGCCUCCGCACUCGUCUUGUCAAUUAUAUAAACAGCACGAUGACGACGAAGAAGACUUCAGACUUGCAAUCUGAGUCCGAAGCGCGUUCCGUUCAAGAAGAUAUUGAGGAGAGUCCUACGACUCCUGGUGGAGUGUUUGUCGAUGUGACACAUGCCAACUAUGUGGAUGAAUAUCGUCUCCCCAAAAAUGAUCUGACCCCUUUGGCCGGUUAUGAUCGUCUUCAACAAGGUAUACAGAUGGGUGUCUAUCCUACUCCCUACGUUCUGGGUCGAUUGAUCAAUGCCCUUGGUCGCGUGAGCGACUUGCAGAGAGUACAGGAUGUAUAUGAGAUUGCACAGACGGUUUUAGCCGCCGACAAGGAUACGCGCAGGCAGUCGGCAGGCUGGUUCUCGAUCGAGGACAACAUGACAAUCGCCCUCGCUCAUGCUGGUGAUGUUGAUGCUGCUCAUGUUCACCGCAUGCGUAUACUCGAACAGGGCGGUUCUCCUUCUCCAGAUGCGUACGGCGCUUUGGUUCAUCACGUGAAGGACACCACGGACGACACGGCGAACGCGAUGGCCCUUUUCCAAGAAGCCGUUUCCCGUCAGGUAUCGCCUAAUCUCUAUCUUUACAACACUAUCAUCUCGAAGUUGGCCAAAGCUCGGAAGGCAGAUCUCGCGUUGCAGCUUUUCCAAGAGUUAAAGUUGAGAGGAAUUAAACCUAGUUCCGUCACUUAUGGCUCUGUGAUUGCUGCUUGCUGUCGCGUUGGUGAUGCUCAGUCUGCGGAGACUCUUUUCGAAGAGAUGUCUAGUCAACCGUCCUUCAAGCCUCGCAUCCCACCAUACAAUACCAUGAUGCAAUUCUAUACCCAAACCAAACCCGAUCGUGAACGUGUGCUGUUCUACUACGAUGCACUGCUCCGUGCCAAGGUCGCACCAACUGCCCACACUUACAAACUUCUGCUCGAUGCUUAUGGCACGAUUGAACCACUUGACUUCGACGCUAUGCAAUCAACGUUUAAUGAAUUGGUGGCGAAUACACGAGUACCAGUGCUAGGUACGCAUUGGGCCGCGUUGAUCAACGCGUGGGGUUGCGCUGGCAAGAAUCUCGACAAGGCCAUAGAAACUUUCCAGGCAAUUGCAACUCACCCGAGGACACAGAACGCAGCGUUGCCAGAUGCUGUCUGUUUCGAGGCGCUUCUAAACGUGUUAGUGACCCUUCACCGGAACGAUUUACUUGCCGACUAUAGACAACAACUUGUUGAGCGUGGUAUUCACAUGACUGCGUAUAUCGCAAAUCUCCUCAUAAAGGGGUAUGCGGCUGCUGGCGACAUGGAAGAAGCGAGACGCGUUUUUGAAUCACUUGUUGAUCCACCGGAAGGCGUGGCCGCGCCGAAUAACCAUGCUCCACUUGACCAACAAGGCUCUCCGAUUGCGGUCUCACCCAAUGAUCCCGUAUAUCGCGAGGUACGUACCUUUUGGACACUAAAAUACAUCACUUACUUUGAUGUUGAUGUUAGCCAUCUACCUGGGAAGCAAUGAUACGUGCGGAACUCAGUCAUGGCAAUGUGGAUAAUGCAGCGCAGCUCCUAGCUCGUGCUGAAGCUAGGCGUUUUCCCGAGGCUGUAAUCAAUCGUAUCAGUGGAGUUAGAUUUGGCGAGCCCUCAUAGAUUAACACAAGUCGCAUUGUCAUUGCUUUCAAUUGCAUUGUUACAUGGUAAUAUAUUGUAUAUCUAGUUAAGUUGCUCUUGUAUCAUUGCUACUGCAUCUUGUUACACUACUGUAUUAUAUGUAGCACAUGUUAAGAAAAUCUUUUGCUUUGGAAGAUAUCUCUUAAGGCCUGAUUGGUGCAAAAAUGUGUUUGCAAUAUUGCAAACUAAAACUGUGAGUAACUGUAGGAGUAUACUGUGUGUAAUGAUUUGUGUGACCAAGUGACUGCCU